AUGGCAGAAUGUGGACAACAAGAUGUGGAACUGGAAGAGUUCGUAAAAAAAGAAGUAUUAGACAUCGACACCUUUCAGUCAACUACAAUCCUUCUACCAAAUAACGCGUCCAAGUUUGAAGAUGAUACAAAAUAUCACCUUGACCUCGAAAUAAAGGCCGAAGAUUUAACAGCUGAACAUUACGAAAUUGGAAAUGGAACUGCACAAUUGUAUUUAAACAUUGAAGGAACAAAAAUAGAAGUAUUGCCAGUGUUUAAAGCGGAUAUUUGUGACACGACUAUAAAAAGUGAACCUCUAGACGGUGAAUGUAAUGCAAGUCCCAGCUCCUCUCUUUCUAAUGAUCCUCUGAAUACCAACCCUCAAAGCAUUGUGGAUAUCUCCCAAUCUAUUAAUAUUGGAGAAACUGUUCUGUCUGAACGCAAUUUAAAGAAGUACAUGUCGACUCGUACUGGACAGAAACCUUAUAAAUGUGAUGUUUGUAGUUACACAUCCUCGAGAAGUGGCGCUCUUGCUUCUCACAAACGAAAACACGCCGGAGAGAAACCUUAUAAAUGUGAUAUUUGUAGCUACUCAGCCUCGCAAAGUGGCGCUCUUGCUUCUCACAAACGAAUGCACACUGGAGAGAAACCUUUUAAAUGUGAUGUUUGUAGCUACUCAGCCUCGCAAAGUGGCAAUCUUGCUUCUCACAAGCGAACACACACUGGAGAGAAACCUUAUAAAUGUGAUGUUUGUAGCUACUCAGCCUCGCAAAGUAGCCAUCUUGCUUCUCACAAACGAACACACACUGGAGAGAAACCUUAUAAAUUGUAUAAAGCGGAGAUUUGUGACACGACUAUAAAAAGUGAACCUCUAGACGGUGAAUGUAAUGCAAGUCCCAGCUCCUCUCUUUCUAAUGAUCCUCUGAAUACCAACCCUCAAAGCAUUGUGGAUAUCUCCCAAUCUAUUAAUAUUGGAGAUACUGUUCUGUCUGAACGCAAUUUAAAGAACUACUCAGCCGCGCAAAGUGGCGUUCUUGCUUCUCACAAACGAACACACACUGGAGAGAAACCUUAUAAAUGUGAUAUUUGUAGCUACUCAUCCACGACAAGUAGCAAUCUUACUAAUCACAAACGAACACACACUGGAGAGAAACCUUAUAAAUGUGAUGUUUGUAGCUACUCAGCCUCGCAAAGUGGCGCUCUUGCUUCUCACAAACGAAAACACACUGGGGAGAAGCCUUAUAAAUGUUGA